AUGUUAAGUAGAUUCACAACUGUGAGAGGAGUAACUCAAUUGUGCUUGAGCAGCGGUCUCAGUGCAUCCAUGUUUGUACGUAACUACUACAAGUUACCAGAGAUCCAAUACAGAAAGAAAGGUCUCGCUCCAUUCAUCUCUGAUAAAGCUUUGAACGCACACAUCCAAUUACAUCAAGAGGAUAUCGAUAAAGCAAACAAUUUAAUUGACAGUACUCCAUAUAACGAUCUCCCAAUUUCACAAGCAUUGAAAUCAACAGCCACCGACAGUGAAGAUGCAGCAUUCUUCAAAUCAACAUCAUCACAUUACAAUCACUCAUUCUUUUGGCGUAGCAUUACCGAUGAUGUCACCAAGCCAUCAGCAUUGAUGCUCAAGGCUAUCAGAAUGGAUUUCGGUUCAAUUGAAGAUUUUAAGAUUAAGUUCUCACAAAACGCAUCAUCAUUGAACACAGGAUUUACAUGGUUGGUUUUCCGUGAUAAAUCACUCGAAAUUAUCAAUACUUUUGAAAACGGAUCACCAUUGGAAUUGGAGAAUGCCUACCCAUUGUUAUGUCUCGAUGUCCACGAACACGCUUACUUUUUGGAUUACCAAAAUAAUAAAUAUACAACAUAUCAGAAAUACAUUGCCAACUUUUGGAAUUUCGUAAAUUGGGAUUUUGUUGAAGAGAAGUUUAUGAAUGCUUUAGUAAAUGACAGAGAAUACAAGAUGAGACUCGAAGAGGGUUCCGAACAAAACAAAAAUUAA